AUGGACUCAAGCUACUCUGAAUUCACUCUUGAUGGUAUUCUCUCCCACACUGACUACUCCAAGAGAAAGACCAAAAUUGUCUGCACUAUUGGACCCUCUUGUUGGGAUCACGAUAAUCUCGUUUAAUUGCUUGAAAAUGGUAUGAAUGUUGCUCGUUUGAACUUCUCCCAUGGUGAUCACGCUGGUCAUGGAGAAACUGUUAGAAGACUUAAGGAAGCCUUCAAAGCCAGAAAGAACAUUCAAUGUGCUCUUAUGCUUGAUACUAAAGGACCAGAAAUCAGAACUGGUUUGGUAAAAGACUAAACUAAGAAGCUCAUCAACCUCGUUGCUGGAUAAGAAUUAGAAAUAACUACUGACUAUAGCGUUUUAGGAGAUGAGAAAGUUCUUGCUUGCUCUUACAAAAGUUUACCCAAGAGUGUCAAAGUUGGUGGUUAAGUCUUGAUAGCCGAUGGUACUUUGGUUUGCAUAGUUAAGGAAAUCAAAUAGGACAGUAUCAUCGUAAAUGUUUAAAAUACCUGCAGUAUUGGUGAAAAGAAGAAUAUGAAUUUACCAGGUGCUAUUGUUGAUCUCCCUACAGUCACUGAAAAAGACGAAGAUGAUAUUGUUAACUUCGGUCUUAAGCAUGGUAUUGAUUGUAUUGCCUUGUCCUUCGCCAGAAAAGCUGAAGAUAUUGAAUACGUUAGAGAUAUCUUGGGACCUCAAGGUGAACACAUUAAGAUCAUUGCAAAGAUUGAAAACCAAGAAGGUCUUCAUAAUUAUGAAUAAAUUUUAGAUGCUGCCGAUGGUAUCAUGGUUGCUCGUGGUGAUUUAGGUAUGGAAAUCCCUCCUUAGAAGGUCUUCGUAGCUCAAAAAUGGAUGAUCCGCAAAGCCCUUGAAAAAGGUAAACCCAUUAUUACUGCUACCUAAAUGAUGGAAAGUAUGAUUAAAAAUCCCAGACCUACUAGAGCUGAAGCCAGUGAUGUUGCUAAUGCAGUUUUGGAUGGUACUGAUGCAGUUAUGCUUUCAGGUGAAACCGCUAACGGAUCUUUCCCUAUUCAAGCUGUCUAAACCAUGGCUUACAUUUGCUCAGAGGCCGAACUUUGCUAUGACAACAGACAAACUUUCUGGUAAAGAACAAACAACAAGAAAAAAGUUUCUGCUGUUGAAUCUAUGGCUAUCUCUGCUGUCUAAAUGAGUUUUGAAAUUGAAAGUCCUGUUAUCAUCGUAUUUACUACUAAUGGUGAUAUGGCUAGAUAUGUCUCCAAGUACAGACCAAGUGCUUAAAUUUUCGUUGUAUCAACUGAAAACGGUACAAUUAAAGGCCUUUGCACUACUUUUGGUGUCAGAUGCUUAAGAGUCCCUUCAUUCUAAGGUAUUAAUAAGCUCAUUGAUUAUGCUGUUGAUGCUGCUAAAGAGUAAGGAUUUAUCAAGUCAGGAUAAAAUGCAAUUGUAAUCCUUGGCUCAAACGAAGAAGAACCUGAUCAAGGUGACAUCCUUAAAAUCAAGGAAGUUAAAUGA